AUGGUUCGCUCAUUGCUUGCCCUCGCCCUUCUGGGCACUCAGGCACUGGUCAACGCCGCUGCCGAAGUUGAGACCCGCACUAUCGAUGAGAUUUACCAAGCUGCCCUUGCUGAGGGUGGUGUCGUUACUCUCUGGCACGGUGGUGAUGAGUUGACUCAGCAGAACUCCGUGAAGGCCAGCUUCGAGAAGAAGUUUCCCGGCAUGACCCUCAACGUCACCGUCGAUCUUUCCAAGUACCAUGACGGUAACUUGGACGACCAGCUUGCCGCCAAGAACGUCUUUGUCGACAGCAUCAUCCUCCAGACCCUCCACGACUACCCUCGCUGGGCGUCUGAGGGUGCGCUCUUGGACUACGCUCCUCUCGGAUACGACCAGAUUCUCCCUGAGUUCAAAAACAACGAGACCGCCGCAUACUAUGGCAUGUACAUCAUUGCCUGGGCUGGUCAGUGGCACACUGGAAAGCUUCCCGGCAUCAAGGCUCCUAUCGAGUGGGAGGACUGGGUCAACCCCGACCUCAAGGACAAGCUCGUCCUGACCUACCCUAACGACGACGAUGCCGUCCUCUUUGCCUUUGAUCUCAUUCUCAAGCAAUACGGAUCCGCCUGGCUCGACAAGCUCAUCGCCCUGAAUCCCCGCUGGGUCCGCGGUACUCAGACCCCCCGCACCAUCCUCGGCCAGAACGGCACCCACCUGACUCCUACCGCGCCCAUCAACGUCUCCCACCCCAUCGAGGGCCAAUUUGUCUCUUGGCCCCAGACCGGCGGUAUCCUCAAGGACGCCCCCCACCCCGAGGGUGCCAAGCUCCUGCACGCCUACCUCCUCAGCUCCGAGUUCCAGACCGCCCGCGGAGGAUGGAGCGUCCGCGGCGACGUCGCUCCCCCCGCCAACUACCCUGCCAUCCUCGAUAUGCCCGGUACUGACCCUACUGCCUUUGGCAAGUGGAUGUCUGACCGCGCGGCUGUUGAGAGACUCCGCUUCUGGCUCGAGGACCGCCUUGGCACUGCGCAGGGCCUCAGCCCCUUGAUCGAUGACUUGUAA